AUGGAGCAUGACCCAAACCUGAGAUCGGAACAUUCGGUGCUGCGGUCGUUUUUGCUGUUUCGCAACACCACCGAGCGGACGGUGGACGUGUACUGGGUGAACUACUCCUCCCGGUUCAUCCACUACACGACGCUCAAACCGAAGACGGGCUGCAUGGUUAACACGUACGUUACGCACCCGUGGGUGUUCAAGGACCGGCAGUCGGGCGAGCGGAUGCACGUACGGCACCAGCCCGUCUACCUGCCCGAACCGUGGUACACCAACUUCAACAGUGCCGGGCGGCUGACGAGAAAGGAAGUGAACAUUCACUUUCCCGUGCGCACACUGAUGGACAACUGUCUGUGGCGCAUCGUGGCCCUGCUAGCGGACAAGGAGGAAAGUGCACUGCACGAACUGGAGAUACCACGCGUGCUCAAGCAGGACCUGGCGGAGAAGCGAAACAAUAAAGUACACCAUAUCUAA